UAAAUAAGGGAUUUAGAAGCGAUUUGUUUUCUAUGACAACAAUUUUAUUGAUUUAACAAAUUUUAAAAUCAACUUCUUCGUUUAGAUCCACAACACACGUCGUAUAUUAAAUAUUUAAAAAGAAAACUAUUUUUAAAUUUUUAUUUUUAUUUUCAUUCCAAAAUUUUGUUAAAUUAACCACGUAUAUAAUAAUGGGUGAUAAAAAAGAGAAUCGAAAUGGAGAUACAAGACUUGAAAGAUCAAGAAAAUUGGAAAAAGUGGCAACAGAGCCUCAAACUGAAUAUUUAGAUAUGGAUACAGAUGAAGAAGAAUUUGGAAGACAAGAAACUCCCGAGUCAGAAGAUAAGGAACCUCUUGAACCGGAAAAACCCGUAUUUACUGAUGAGGAAUUGAAUACGUUGGUAAAAUAUGUACAAGAUUUAACAAUUUUACCUUCUUUAUCCGAAUUUCAUUGGAAUGAAGAAUGUUGUUUUAUAAUUCGUGAAUAUUUUCAAGAACCAAGAAAUACAAUUUUAACAAUUUUUUUUCAUAAAAGUGAAUUAAAGGCGUCGUUAAAUUUUCCUAUGAAAACUAGCGAUGGACUUACUUAUUUUUUACGUUCACCAUGGCAAAUUUAUACUGUUGAUAAUUUUCAAUCAACUGUCAUUUUUGGCACAAUCAAUGAAAACACUGAGAAUACAUUAUUAAAAUUCAUGGAAAAUAUUUAUGCACCUGUGGCAUUUAACAGCAAUGAAUGGCCCUUUAUAACAAAGGACAAAGUCUUCUCAUCAUUACAUGAUUUCAUUAUUUGCCUCACUGAACAAGUUUAUAAACCAAUGGGUCUUACAAUCCUUUAUGUCCCUCGAGAAGGUCUGAAAAUUAAAAAAGAAAAAUUAGACGAAUUUACAUUUCUAACGAAUGAACCUGAAAAAGUGAAAAAAGAUAAUAAUGAUGACGAUGAUGAUGAGAAAAAAUUAAAUGAUAGAUUAGAAAAAAUUGCACGUAUUUGGAUUAAACAAAUUCGUGAGGCUUUAAUUGCAUUGCCAAUUAUUCGAAAAGAAUUAAAUGAUAUAACAGAUGAAUUCGACUACUGGCGUCAUAAACACGAUAAUCUUAGUUGUAUUUUAAAUCAAAUGUCAAAUAAAAAUGUGAUUACGAUUAUUUUAAAAUUGGAAAAUCUACGAUCAACUAGUAUAAAACAAUUUAAAUCAUUAUUAGAAGAAAUUAAAUUAAAAAUAGAAGAAGCUUCAACAAAUAUCAUGUAUUUAAAUAUUCUACUAGAAGCAUGUAAUGAAAUACAAAAACCAAAUGAUAUUGAAAUUCAUAUUUCGAAAAUUAUACUUUUACUAAUAUUCAUACAAAAUGUAUCUCCAUUUUAUAAAAUAACGGAAAACAUUGAGGUUUUAUAUCAAGCGCUAAGUAUACGAAUAAUAAAUUUUUUAAAAGAUUACGUUGAAUUGGAAAAUAUUUUUCAAGACAAGGCACUUGAAACAAAAUUAAUGAUUGAAACCUGCAUUUUUUGUUGUAAGCGCUACUUUGAAAUUUACGAUCAGAUUCUAUUGGAAUGCAAUGAUCAAUUUGAAAAUUGUAAUUUAGAUAAAGAGAAUAUUUUUAAAAAUGUGGAUUCUUUUCUAAAUAGAUGUAAUGAUGUCAUUGAAAUUUGCAAUGCCUCUGUCGUCUUUAGCAAAGUUGGAGGUCCAAUAAUGUUUGGUGGUACAAAAGGAAAAAUAUAUGAUAUGUAUCAUGAUGAUCUUCAAAAUUCAUUUGCCAUUAUUUUAAAUAAAAUUAAAGAACCAUGUAAUUUUGCACUUGACAUCACUAAUAUUUCUUGGUUUCAAUAUAUGACAAAAUUCAGACACGAAGUCAUUGAAUUAGAAAAUAUGUUAAAAAACAUGAUCAAUGAUAUGUUUGAUGAAAUUCAAAAUGUUGAUGAAGGUAUCGAAGUUUUGUAUUCCCUUCAAAAAUUUCAGCAGAGACCAGAUCUUGAAAUUUUGUUGAAUGACAAAUGGAUGGAGGUAUGGAAAAUAUUUAGUAAAGAAUUAAAAAAUUGUUAUUCAACGCUUCAUGAUAAGAAAAAUUUGGAAGAAUUUAACAUUAUAUAUUUAAAUAGACAAUAUUUAAAAAUGAUAAAUACAUCUGAUUGGCUUGGUGAUUGUGAUAUUCAAUGGGAUAUUUUAAAAAUUUACAAGGAAAUAAUAAAUGUUAUUUCAAUGUCAAAAAAUCAGGAUGAGAAUCAAAAUUAAAUAGAGAAAUGAAUAUAACUACGAAUUUUGUUUUUUUUCUUCUUUUUUUUAUAAGAAAAUUCA